AGAGAAGAUGUACAGACCUGCAAACAGCAAAAGCGAUGGACGGAGUUGACGAACUACUUUGCAAUCGUCUUCGACAACUCGUCUAAUUUAAACGCGAACUUCAAAAAAACUGAUGACGAGUAUGAGGGCGACACGAAGCGCAGAUUGGAGAUAAACUUCAGCAAAGUUUAUUCAGUAUAUGACCUUCUAGUCACACUUCCUAUUGAAGUUCAAAAAGUAACUUUGAGAGCAAUUUUGAACAAUCUACUUCGUGACAGAAGAUUGCAAAGUAAGGAUGAAAUAAAGGCCUAUAUAAUCCUCUUGCUAAACCCUCAGUUCAACCACAGAAACACGUACACAAUAUUUGCUCACCUCCUCAGACAAAUAUCAGUCCUAAAAGAUGUACAGCACCAUUACCUGGUACACACUUUCAAAAACAUCGCACAGGAAAAGUUCAGAGAGAUGGUCAAACGUAUCCAGCGGUUUAUAUCGGCCCGGUUGUCGUUGAGUAACUCGAAAGAUGACGACCUCCCUCCAAAGUCCAAAUGUUUGUGGUGGAUACCCUCUGCCACCAAGAUACUCGCUCUUCUCAAUGCAGCCUCCAACUUGGCGACACCGCAGUUGAUGAAUUAUCAAGAAUUUUAUAACCCUUCCCUUGACCAUCUCGAUCUGUUGGUUGAGUAUUACAACUGGCAAUGUUCUACGGGCCCUAAUUGUUUCAGCUUCUGCCAGUACCCAUUCAUUUUGAGUCUGGCGGCCAAGAGGACCAUCUUGCAAAAGGACUCCGAACAGCAGAUGGUCGUCAUGGCCAGAAAAAGUCUGGUAGCAAAGGUCCAACAGCACCAAGUGCCAGAGAUCGGUAUGCUGUUCCUUAACCUGACAAUCAGGCGGUCACACCUCGUCUCUGACUCUCUCAAUGAAAUAGCCCGAAAGCAGAUGGAGUUGAAGAAAAAGUUGAAGGUGACAUUUGCAGGUGAGCCAGGUUUGGAUAUGGGAGGAUUGACCAAGGAAUGGUUCCUGCUACUCACCAGACAAAUAUUUCAAGCUGACUUUGGCAUGUUCACGUACGAUCCAGUUGCUCGCGUGUAUUGGUUCAGUUGUGCGCCUUGCGAUAAUUUACAGGAAUUCAACCUGGUUGGAGCUCUAAUGGGCUUAGCAGUGUACAACAGCGUACAACUCGAUAUUCGUUUCCCUCCAAUUGUGUACAAAAAACUUUUAAGCCCAGCCGUAGUACCGCCAAACGUACAGAAAGCUGUCGUUGGAGUUACCAAAGCCACGCUGUCCGAUCUCAAAUUAGUCUAUCCGGAUCUGACCAACGGUCUGCAAGAGUUAUUAAAUUACGGCGGCAAUGUUGAAGAAGAUAUGGGCGCCACCUUUCAGAUCUCCCACAACGUUUUCGGCACGACGACCACGUAUGAUUUGAAACCUGGUGGUGCGGACAUCGCUGUCACUGCAGAGAACAGAGAUGAAUACGUCCAAUUGUACAUCGACUACCUGCUAAACCAGUCCAUAUAUCGACAGUUCCAAGCAUUCUACCACGGAUUCCACAGUGUCUGUGCCUCUAAUGCUCUUAUCUUGUUGAGACCGGAGGAGAUAGAGUUGCUGGUGUGUGGAAGUCCCGCCCUAGACAUGAACGAUCUCAUGAAGGUCACUGUGUACGAUGGCUACAAUUCGGAGUCUGAAACCGUAAAAUAUUUUUGGGAAGUUGUGACGUCAUUGAGUGGAGAUGUGCAGAAACAAUUGUUAUUAUUUGCAACCGGAAGUGAUCGAGUUCCGGUUGGCGGAAUGCAGGAGAUGCAUUUCAAAAUUACUAGAGUGGAAAAUGUCAACAUGCUACCAGUUUCACACACGUGUUUCAACCAACUCGUCCUGCCAGCGUAUAAAUCAAAAAAAGUUUUGAAGCAGAAAUUGCUGGUUGCCAUUGAAAACGCCGAAGGAUUUGGAUUAGAAUAA